GUGAUUAUUACUGUAGCUGUUAUUUACAAUCGUGUCUACGUUUUUUCUUUCUUUAUAAAGCGGUAUCUACAUUCUUUCUUUCUUUUCUUUUUGCCCUUUAUUUCUUACCCAAAAGUACUAUGGUUAAAGUUGUCCGAGGGUAUAAAGGCAGUAUUCGCUGCUGCAUCUGCUUGGAAGAUUAUGUUGACGAGUGUCCAUCGACAGCAUCAACUUCAGCAGCACAAAAAACACAACCUCAGCAACAGCCCACGGCUCUGUUGACAGCUGACCGAUGUGCGCAUCAUGUCUGCCAACCUUGUCUGGAGCAAUACACAAUAUCUGCUUUGGAGCAAAGCAACGCGAAUGGCAUCAACAACAUGACCAUGAUCGAGUGUCCGUUUCCCGAGUGUGACGCAGAAUAUUUGGUGGAAGAUAUCAUAACUCAGGUGCUGCCGUUCAGACAUCGACUGGUAUUUUGGUGGCGCCAGAUGAUCAUCAAAAAUAAUCCCAUGAUCCCUGCAAAGAAGCGAAAGAAGCUCAAUCCUCCACUCGAAGCAAUGCAGAGCUCAUCUCAGACCAUGAGACCAGCAAAGAAUGGAGCCGGAUUGAAGAUAUCACCUUCAUGGCAGGCCUCGCUCUCAUCAUCACCGGCUGCAUCGUCACUAUCAUUGUCAACAACAGCAACAGAAACGACAGCAUCGUCAUCAUCAAGCUUCUUUACAUGGAAUAAGACCAAAAAGGAGGACAACAGUGGUACCCAGCAGAAGGAUCAUCAUCGUGAGAUGCAAAGACAAUCCUCGGUAGAACUUCUAAGACUGGCUCUGGAGAAAAACUGGACUCGUUGCCCGCACUGUAGAUACUUUAUCGAACGUAGUAGCGGCUGUAAUCACAUUGUUUGUCGAUGCGGCUCCAGAUUGUAAGUUAUCAUGAUUAGAAGUGCACCUACAUGCCAUAUGAUUUCCUAUUAUUGCUCUUUUAAAUAACUUGAGACACGUUUUAUAUCCUCGUACAUCACUUCUAGCUGCUAUCGCUGUGGUUCGAUGCAAUGCAACGAGGCGCGCUGCCAUCCAAACAGAGACAGCUUAAAUGCUGAAUUGCA